AUGAGUUACCCAUCGAAUGUUAUACUUUUACUCCUACAGAUUAUCCUGCAAAGACAGCAGGUUCUUUCUCACAAAGAUAAGUCGCUAAACCUGCAGACACUGUUACAAGACCCAAUCAUAGACAAUGAGGUAUUACAACAAUUCAACAGUCACAAACUAGUGAAAUUAUAUUGUCCAGAAUUGUCCAGUAUGACGAGAAGGACAUUACAAGCAAUGGUCCAUGACAUAUUUCAAUCCGGAUUCGGAGCAACAUCUUCCUCGCCACUGGAAGAACAGUAUGCUAAUAUACCAAUUACAGUAGCUUCCCUGGCCAAUUUCUAUUACGAUAAGAGGCUCAAUGAAAUACAACAGGAAGAACUACCCAAACUAGAACAGCAAUUAAAGGACCAGUACCAGAAUUGA